CGUCUUCAAUACACCUUUCGAUUGGUGUUGUAACUCGGAUUCGAGCUUACAACUCCCGAUUGAUCUUGUCCGUAUACGCGCCCUUCUUCUUCUUCACACCAGCAGCCACAUCUGACUCUCAGCCCGACACCAUGCCAGCUAAGCAAGCCGGAACGAAAAGCACGGCAGGGCGCGGGCGCGCCUCCACGUCCAAGACCGGCGCCGCCGCGUCCUCCUCGACCGGCGCCGGCAGCAAGCGGGCGCGCAGGGGCCGGUCCUCAGCGGCCGAUCGCGCAGAGGAUGUAGAGGAAGUUGGGUCGGACGAGGGUGGCGGCGGCGCGGACGACGACGAGGCGGAGGAGGAGGAAGAUCAGCAGAAGACGAUCCCGCCCGAGCUGCUGACGCGCCUGCUCCACGAGUUCUUUGAGAAGGACGGAACGCGGGUCACGAGGGACGCGAAUGCGGCGGUCGCGAGGUACAUGGAUAUCUUCGUGCGGGAGGCGAUAGCGAGGUCGGCGGCCGAGAGAGACGGCAAGUUCAUGGAGGUGGAGGAUCUCGAAAAGGUUGCACCGCAGCUACUGCUUGAUCUUUGAUGGCGUCCUAUGACGGCCAUCAUGCCGAGCCCAGAUAUGGAAUUCACCCGGUUGUGGCUGACUGUAUC